GAGCGUUCGAGCAAGCAACAAGUGUCUCAGAAAAGUCGAAGAAGAAGACGAAGAAAACAUCGUUGUCGGAACGAGAAUAAUUAAAGCAAGCGUCGGUGCUCGGUUCUUAGGCAAACACUGUGCUAUAACAAGAUAAGAAGAUUGCAAAAGAUAUUCCCAUAAAUCAAUAUUGCAUUUGUUUUGUGGCUGCUUGUGACGCGCGCAGAAACGAACCGAUUACAAAAUAUUGAAGAAAGCUCCAGCAACAAAAGACUUGCAGUUCAGAAAAGUGUGAUUCCUUCUUUAAGGAACUUUUUCGACUUUUAAAAGAUGACGGGAUCGGGAAAGGUGGCGACCAGCAAUGGCAAUCAUAGCAAUGGACACAGCAACAAGCCAGCGGACUACACAGCCCGAGAGAAUCAGACCGAUGAGGCGAAAAAAAUUCAAUGCUAUCUAACGCCCGAGGAAUUUCGGGCCGUACGCAUCAUGCAGGAGGACACGUAUCCCUACGAGGUGAUUCAGGAAAUCGCCGACUUCAUUGUGAAGGGUUCGGGCAUGAGGCCCCGAAUCGGCAUCAUUUGCGGCUCUGGAUUGGGAUCGCUGGCUGACAUCAUACAGGAUGCGAAGGUCUUCGAGUACGAGAAGAUUCCCAACUUUCCAGUGUCAACGGUCGAGGGACAUGCGGGAAAGCUGGUUGUGGGAAACCUCGAGGGUGCCUGCGUUAUGGCCAUGCAGGGACGAUUCCACUUCUACGAGGGCUAUCCGCUGGCCAAGUGCUCGAUGCCCGUGCGUGUGAUGAAGCUUUGUGGUGUGGAGUAUCUGUUCGCCACGAAUGCAGCGGGCGGCAUUAAUCCGAAGUAUAUGGUCGGCGAUAUUAUGUUGAUGCACGACCAUGUCAAUAUGCUUGGCUUUGCCGGCAAUUCGCCGCUGCAGGGACCCAAUGAUCCGCGCUUCGGUCCCCGGUUCCCCGCUCUGGUCAACUCCUACAACAAAGAUCUGAUCAACAAGGCCCUAGAGAUUGGCAAGGCGAUGGGCAUCGAGUCAAAUAUGCAUGUCGGCGUAUACUCGUGCCUGGGCGGCCCCACCUACGAGACAAUUGCCGAACUGAAGGCGCUCCGGCUCAUGGGUGUCGACGCCGUCGGCAUGUCCACCGUCCACGAGGUCAUCACGGCCCGUCACUGCGAUAUGAAGGUGUUCGCCUUCAGUCUCAUCACCAACAAGUGCUCGAUCGAAUACGAUGACAAACGGGAUCAGGAGGCCAACCACGAGGAGGUUAUGGCUGUGGCCAAGAACAGGCAGAAGGCCUGUUGUGAGCUCGUCUCCCGACUGAUACGAGAAAUUCAUGCCAUGCCGCCAUCAGGCACCCAAGCAGCCAAGACUGGAGUGUGACGAGGGGAAGAGCGUUUCGACACUUACCUACCAAUAUUCUAGUUAUUCUACAUUUAGGCACAAAGGACCCAGACCACGACCACCCUAAAUUGUACAGUACAAUAGACAACUGCUUAAAGACAUACCAAUAUAGGUUAUACGAGUAAUUAAGUUAUAAUACAAUAAAUAUGUUCUCCAACAUAAACAGAAUAUUCGA